GUUCUGUGUUUCAUGUCAAAUGUCUAACAAACAAACGCGUGGGAAUUUUGAACCUUUUCUCACAGACAUGUUUUUGUUGCCUCAGAGCUUUUACUAAUUGUUUUGGAUAAUGCAAGUACAAAAAAUGUAAGAAAAAACUGUGACAACCAUUGAAAAUUCAUUAGAUUGGAAGAACGAUGGCAUUUGAAAGUGAAGAAAGAAAUGUAAACGGUCACAAUAUGUUGAAAAAACAAUGGGGCAGGUUGAUAUCAUGUUUACCCCAGCUAAGUUCAAUUGAUCUGGUCCAUUCUACAUUGACCUUAGGACGAUCAGAUGAAUGUGAUGUGGUCAUCUACAAAUCCAAGUUUCUCCCAAAUCAACUGCUUUUCAUAAGUAAAAAGCAUUUUAUUAUUGAAAGAGAUCCUGAAGAUGCUGCAAUAACAUAUAUCACAGAUCUGAGCAAGAAUGGAACAUAUUUGAAUAAUAUUUUGAUUGGUAGGAAUAAGAGAGUCAUACUACAGAGUAAUGACUGUAUUGCUAUAGGAGAAAGAUUGAAGGUAUACAUAUUUAAAUCCAUGAAUUAUGUUGUUGACGAGAAUUACCUACCAGAAGCAUAUAAAAAUAAAUAUGAACUUUCACACUUCUUGGGGAAAGGAGCAUGUGGUGAAGUAAGAUUAGCAUAUGAUAAGUAUACCUGUCAAAAGUAUGCGUUGAAAAAAAUUACAAAAGGCAGAGAUACAGCAUCUCAAUUGCACAACAUUAACCACCCAAAUAGAAUUUAUAUGGAGAUCAGCAUUCUUUGGAAUCUCUCACAUCCUCUGGUAGUAGGUAUGGACAGUAUGGUGGAGACUGAAGAAGAUAUAUUUAUAGUCUUAGAAUAUGUUAGAGGGGGAGAGUUAAGCAAAAGACUGUCAAGCCACUCGAAUUUGAGUGAGGCAAAUUCAAAGUUCCUAUUUUACCAGAUAGUUCUUGCCAUUCAGUAUUUACACAAAAGUGGUGUUACCCAUAGGGAUGUUAAGCCUGGCAAUGUACUGUUGGCAUCCGAUGACCCCUACACGUUGAUAAAAUUGACAGAUUUCGGUUUGAGUAGCGUCACGGAAGGCUACGAUCUCAUGAAAACGAUGUGCGGUACUUGGCACUACAUUGCUCCAGAGAUUAUCGACCAAAAUAUUAUUGAGUAUGACAAGCAAGUAGACGUAUGGAGCAUGGGAGUUGUUUUGUACUAUAUGCUGUCAAAAACUCUUCCGUUCUACUCUGAUGACAAGUCUACUCUAGGCAAAAUGAUUAUCUCAGGCACUUACAGUAUGAUUGGACCUGCCUGGUAUGAAAUUUCCGAAUCUGCAAAAGAUCUGAUCAAGCAAAUGUUAAUUGUGGAUCCACGAAAGAGAAUUACGGUUGAUGGAAUUUUAAGCCAUCCCUGGAUAAAACAGGAUUCUCUGAUGCAGUUUAGAGUAGAUAGUAUGUUAAGGAAAGCACUUUGCCAGCUGAAGAAUUUAGAUAUUGACGAUGAGAAUACAGUAUCCAGAGCGAAGAAAAUUAAGCUUCGUCACGAGCAGCCUGGAUAGUAUUUACGGUAUAUUAUUGUUUAUUAUUUUUAUUCUAGGCACGUGGUUUAAUUCAGUAAAUGUGAGGCACCUACAUUGAGAUAUGGUCCCAAAAUUAAACCAAUAAUAAUGUUAUAUUCUUGGCGUAUAUAAAACUUAUCUUUGAGGGGAGCAUACUCGUAGUUUAUUACAAAUUGGUGAAUUGUAUGCGCCAUUGAUUUUCUAUUGUAUUUAGUUAUGAAACAGCAACUGUUGAGAGCAAACACUUUGCUAUCUUUUUAGUUACUGUUUCAGUCUCAAUUGAAGUACGAACAGACGAAGAAAUAUUUCAUUUGGAUAUUUUUUCGAUUGGAAUAUUGGGAAAGUUUCCAGGCAUAACCCAGAGCUUGGUAACCUUUUUCCAGAAAGUUCAUAAACCAUGUAGAUGCAACACAAAUUUCCUGUUUUAUUGCUGCCUAUUUUCGUUGUUUCCAGUUACGUUUGUUAUUAUUUGAAUGUGAAGAACUUUAUUUUUGUAUUUCGUACAACAAGGUCUAUUAAAUACCUUUGCAACUCAUCUUUAUCUUAUUGAGGUUAUUUUGUGAUAGCAUUACACCAUUCCAGGGCAAAAAGUACAAAGUGAGAGAUACUAAAGAUUUCUGUCAAUUAUUAUUAGACAGUUAAAGUCUAGACGUUGUUAUUUAAUGUUAAUCCUCAUGUCAUUUUACUUCACACGCCUACUGGCGAGAACCAUCUUACUCAUUUCCAGUUUUUUUAAAGCAGUAUUAUUACCAAUAGCAGUCAAUGAAUUUAUUUGUAUUUUUGAUGUAAG